ACACUGACGACUGCUGCAACAGGAGUAUGAACAGUAUUUGAAUUCAGAGAUGUGAAGUAUUUGCACUUAUUGUAGCACUUAUAGGCAGGAGAACUGUAUUUGUACUUGUUGUAACAGAGUUCAUUUGUACUUGUUGUUGUAAUAUUGCCUAUAUAUUGGUCGUUUUUGCACCAAUUCUAAUAGAACUUUGGCAGGGUAGUAACAUUUCUAAAUGUAGCUCUUAAAGUAGUUGCAGAUUCAAGAUAGGUCUUCUUUGCACAUACAUGGUCAGCCUGACUGUUAGCUGCUACAGUGGUUAUUAAAGAACUUAGUGCAGACGCACAGUAGAAACCAGAGUCGAACAGUAGAUUCCAGUAAAAUGCAGGACUACGAGGAGUCAGUGUCAUUCCUGGGGACCUGGGGCCCGUUCCAGAGGAGAGUCUUCUUCCUGCUUUGUUUCACCGCCAUCCCAAGUGGAUACAAUCUGCUGUCCGUCAUCUUCCUGCUGGCUACGCCCUCCCACCACUGCCACAUCCCUGCCCACGCCAACCUGAGCCAGGACUGGAUCCAGGCCAGCAUCCCAGUACAGCAGGAGGACGGGCGGCUGGAGAGGAGCAGUUGUAGCCGGUAUGAACUGGACCUGGUGCAGAACCUGUCUGCGCUGAGAUACACAACCAGCCUGAACCUGAUCCAGAACCUGUCGAGUCCAGAUGUCCUCCUCUCCAACCUGAAGCGGGAGGGCUGUAAAGAUGGGUGGAGCUACAGUUCUGAGUACUACCAGUCUACUGUAGUCAGUGAGUUUAAUCUGGUGUGUGACGACCAGUGGAAACAGCCUCUGACCUCUCUCGUCUACUUCCUGGGAGGACUGUUCGGAUGUUUCAUCUCUGGACAGAUCUCUGAUCGGUUUGGCAGGAAGCCUGUACUGUUCGGUGCCCUUGCCAUGCUGAGCAUCUUCAGCAGUGCCUUGGCCUUUGCUCCAUCCUGGCCCGUCUUCACCAUACUCUUCUUCUUGCUGGGAAUUGGUCAGAUCACCACCUUCAUAGUUGUGUUUGUACUGGGUUCAGAGAUCUUGACCGGUUCGACCAGAGUUCUCUUCUCCAGCCUCUGCAUGCCUGAGGUCUAUGUGUUGGGUACAAUGCUGCUGCCUGUCACUGCCUACGUGGUCAGGAGCUGGAGACACCUUUCACUGACCAUGGCUGUGCCAGGCCUGGUCUGUAUCCCCCUCUGGUGGCUGAUUCCAGAGUCUCCUCGCUGGUUGGUGUCUCAUGGCCGUUUUCAGGAAGCAGAACUCCUGCUGAGGUCCGCAGCUCUCGAGAACCAAGUGGAGGCUCCAUGUGUCAUCUUCCCCUCAGCCAAUUCUGAAAAAGCAAAAAGCAAGAAGGCAGAGUCCCCCAGCUUCCUGGAUCUGUUGAGGACAGCAAACAUUCGACAUUUAACACUUAUUCUGUGGCUCAUCUGGUUUUCUUUGAAUCUAAGCUACUUCGGACUGUCCUUCAACAUGUCUGGACUCUACGGCAACCCCUUCCUGAACUACUUCCUGUCGGGGGCUGUUGAGCUGCCAGCAUACUUUGCUUGCUGGCUGGCGGCACGCAGUCUUCCUCGCCGCUUGUCGUAUACCUGCUUCACCCUGAUGGGGACGCUAGCUCUGUUCCUCAUUCAGAUCACGCUGAACAGUUAUCCAUCUGUCACCCUGACCCUGGUGCUGCUGGGUAAAUUCGGCAUAUUGGCUGGCAGCGGGAUGUUGUACGUGUACACUGGUGAGCUGUCCCCCACGGUCAUCAGGAGCACUGUGAUGUCCUCUUGUGCCAUGUUUUCCAGACUGGGGUCGUCUGUUUCACCUUACCUGAUGCAGCUGGCUGUGUUCUAUCAGUUCCUGCCGUGGAUCAUUGUGGGUUCUCUGUCACUGCUCAGUGUUCUAGUCUGCGUUCUUUUGCCCGAGACCUUCAGACAGCCGCUGCCCGACACCAUCCAGCAGAUGGCGGUCACACAGGGGUUCAGGUGGCCGUGGGCCUCCACACCGCCUUCAAAGGAUGAUGGGAAAUCUGCUAAAGACCAGACUAGUGCACCUGAGGUCAUCUGCUCGACUCAUCUAUAAGACUCCUGACACAAAAACGAAUACAAACAAAACUACAGAUGGCACUGAAACUGCUGGAAAACACCAAAACAAGUGUAGAACUGACGAACAAGACACUUUAUGGAUGGAAAUUGUCUCUGCUGUAGCCUACAGCACUGAGACAAAAAAGAAACAUUCAUAGAAAAUAAAGAGUCACACCAAUGACUGUAAUCUGUAGUUAAUAUGAAGAAGAUCUGAAUAUGUAUACUGUACAGUCUCCAGGUGGUAAGGUGUAUUUUUGCUCCUGUAGCAGCAGCAACACAAAAUUCAGAACUGUUAAUAAAAACUUUUAGUUGUGUAUAUAAAGACUGUGUCGUUUGGUGUCUACCAGAAUGAUUCAGAGAAACCUGUGGAUGUGUAAAUAUGUAAUGUGAUAAAUGAUUUAAUAAAGAAUUAAUAAAUAAA